UUACAACAGUAUAUUUUAACUUUCCUUGUAUUUCACAAUAUUACGUUGUCUUUCAUAAGAGAAAUUAUGAUUCAUUUAUAUAUAUAUAUAUAUAUAUUCAGUAAUUUCUCAAUAACUUUCACUUCAUUUUUCAUCGAUUUCAUAGUACUCUCAGUAAAAUACUUCCAUCUCGUAUGAGCCCCUUAAUAUCGUCAUUGAUAAUUCGGCAAUCUACGGACCAACUAUCUUGAGGGUUCGGUUUUCGCGACGUUUCCUUGUAUUUCCUACGUCAAGCACGAAACCGGAUCGAUGCCCGAACAUCGUGUUCGGAAUGAUAAAAAAUUGACUGACGCCAGGGGUUUCGUUGGUUACAAUCGUGUGCGAUCGAUACCUAAUAAUAAAUUGACGGGUAUUGUCCUCAGAACAAAAAGCGACCCGAUUGUUCGGAUGCCGUGUCGGCGUGGAAACAAGAAGCAUUGAGAGGCUGGCCGAUCAAUUGGACGAUUAAUCGUUCCGGUGCCGCGCAUAAUUGACCGGCUAUCCCAUUCACGACGCCAGGAAUUUUCAACGCUUUGAACCGUCGCUGGUCGGUCGGCUGGCUGGUUGGGCUGGCUGGUUGGCUGGUUACAUUGGUUGGUGCGUUGGUUGAUUCGCCGCGGUGGUGGCGGCGGCGGCGAGUUUCUGAAAUGACGAAGGACCCGUCUCGUGAAUGCCGGAGGGGAUCGUCACAUUCCUGAGAAACUCCAUUCUCAGAAAAUUAGAUUCGAGGUUACGAGUAGUUUUUACAGUGAAAUAACCCAACGGCGGGCCUCCCACCACAAGCUUUCACCGAAUGUAUACCUGCGUAGCUUAUAAUCCCAAGAAACACGAAAGAAAAGAACGAAGAGGAAGGGAGGGGGGGGAGGCAAGAAGAUAUAAGCCAUUGUUUGAGGAAGAGGAACGAGGGGAGAGAGAGAAGAUAAAGAUGGAGGAGCCUCGAGUUCUCCAGGAAGCCGGGAGUUUACUGAGUCAUCGAAGCGGGAGGUUUGAUUGUACCAGCGAAGUACGACGGGACGUCCCUCUCUCGACAACCUGCCCCAUCGGCUGCGGUCGAUUUUGAGCCGAGCGGACAUUGUCCGUUGAAUUUUGCACACGACAUUACGGAUCGAUGGUGAGAGCAGUAACACGAUACGAAGUGGGACAUCAAAGAGGGAGGGAAGCGCAGCUUAAAUUGUCACGGAACCAGAGGAACCGUUGCAAAAUUACGGGUGUAAAUUGUCCACCGUGACGAUGCAGCAGCAGCAGCUUUUAAGUACAAUGGAUGACAGGUGGCAAUUGGACAACUGGCGUUGACGAUUUCGCUGGGGAAUUGCACGGAAUGAGGGAUUCAGCCGAAAGCGGCGGCAUUCGGAAGAGCGGAAGUGCAAGUGAGAAAGAAUGCGCGCGCGGACGGGCUCAGCGGAAUGACGAGGGAGAGAGAGAGAGAGCGGUAGGUGGAAAGAAGGGUGAGAGGGAAUUCGGUAGAAGAGGGUGACGAGAAGGCGGAAGGAGGGCAGAAUGCUCGGUAGGAAAAGCGACCGGAGUGGGCACAGGGAGGGAUUCGGGAGGGCACCGUGUUGUUUAGCGAUGUUACCUGCUGCGCCUGCGUCACGAGAGCAAGCGUUGUCAUUCAUUGGCUCCCCACCCGCGCUCGAGUGCACAUUAAGUUGACUUAAUUUCAAUUCGAGCUCCUUCUAUACACACACACGCGCACACAACUAUUGCUUCCCAUAUAACCCUUCUACCUCCUUCUCUUCCAUUGUCUCUCGCUCUCUCGCUCUCUCUCUCUCUCCCUCGCUCGCACCCACUCGACCGUCCGCGCUCGGUGCGCGUCACCCUUUUGUACUUGUUGGGUUUCAUGCAAAGGGCGUACACGAUUCGCGCGCUGUGUUAUGUGUGUGCGUGUGCGAGUACAAUAAUACAAGCGUGCGGCGAGAGUAAACCUGCCAGCCGUGUCGGAGAAAGAGACGACAUGACUUGGAAAUAGCGGAAACGGCGAAGGGAGCGAGGGGGGAAGAGGAGGCGAGCGGAGGAAGGGUGCAAGAGAAAGAGAGCGAGCGAAAGAGAACGAGGGGAAUCGUGCGAGAAAGCACGGGGCAGCCGUAAGCCCGAUGAGGGGGCGAGAGAGAGAGAGAGAGAGAGAAGGGGGGAGGGACGAGAUCCUGGCAGCGGCUGCUUUCCGAGAGUGAGUGAGUGAGUGAGUGCGCGCGCGCGCUCAUCUCCUUACAAAACAACGCGUCUGAACACUCUGAACCUCGGUGCUGAACUCGUGCCUCAACAGUUCGGCACGAAUUCACACUGAGUUGAUUAUAUCCUGUCGCUCGCUCGCUCGUCCGCGCGCGCGUCUCUCGCGGCAACCGUCGCCGCCAUAUUGGUGGCUCGAUACAUCCAUACGUAUUAAUAUAAGUUCAGACUGGACCUGGCUAGUAGGACGACGGAUCGCGGCCCCACCGCCGAUCGUUGUUACGCAUCUCAUCGUUCGAACGCUCUCUCGUUUCCCUCUCUUUCUUUCUCUCUUCGUUUUUUUUACAUAUACGCGGAACAAGAAAUUACAUCGCAGUGCAGCAAAAUUACGACAGAGGCACACAUACAGAGGCGGAUUGGCGGCGACCAGCGCGAUGGCAGUGAUCAUGUCGUAAUACAACGACGCCAGCCAUGUUCGAUCCUAUGUAAAGAAUCCCACGGUAGAUCCGCGCAGGAGAGGGGCGGGAGGGCGAGUAGGUAGACGUACUCGCGCGCGCGGAACCGCCGCCGCUGACGACGACGACGACGACGAACGAGCGAACGAAGCGGAGGAUCAUCAGCCGCGAUCACGUGGCUCCCUCCGCUUUCAUGUCGAUCGCCGGGGCGCCAGGAUAGGAUCGUCGAGCGCGGGACGAGUACGUUUCUCGGCAAGCCGAGGUAAAGGGAGGGCUCCGAUCUCCUCUUGUUCCCGCCUGUCGCCGCUGGGCGCGCCAAGUGGAUUCGAGACUAGCGCGGCGGUGUUUAAUUGACUUUACCUACCGCUGCUGAACGUCGCGUUUUACCGAUUCGAAACGUCCCGGCAAGUGAGAGUAACAGAGAGAGAUAUAUACAGAGGAGGCGAGCCGUGCUCGCGUUGCCGCGGAUCGCGCGCACUUUCGCGCACUCCGGCUCCCGCUUUCGUGCGCUCCGCUUUUUCGCGCGUGUCGUUCUGUCUCUUUCUCGCGCGCUCCGCGGUUGUCGAAAGAGCGCGCCCGCUGUGAGUCGCGUUUCCGGUGCGCGGGACACCGGAUCGCGUUGAAAUCGGCGGUGAAAAAUCGGCGAGACGAUAUGCGCACCGGUCGCACGCCUGGCGUUCGUGUUACGCCGAUUAACGCUGACCGACGUUUUCGCUUGCACUGAAGAUAAGCCGGUGUUGACGACAAGUUCUGACAAUCAGCAUUGUUGAUAACAAUGCCUGUAAGUACGGUGCAUGCACACGCAAAUGUGAACGAGUGUGAUAGCGCGCGCGCGUGCUCGCGCGCACGCACGAUAAAAGUGAAUGAAGACGAAGUACACGUCGUACCGAAGCGCGAGAUAAUUGUGUGUUCGCGCGUUUUCUUGUUUUCUCUCUCUCUUUCUCUUUCUCUCUCUCUCUCUCUCUCUCUCGAGACGAAUUCGCGCCGGUCGAGCGUGUGAGCGCGAUUUCUGUCGGCAAGAGAUAAAAGUUCCUCCCGUGUGGCACUUAAUGACACUGGGCCGACGUUUGUUUGUGUUCGCAGAUCGGAAAUGAACAGUCCACUGGAUCGCGAUUUUGCAGAAUUUAAAUUUUCCACGCAAGACAAGAUCUGUAAGUAAAACGGCGCUCAUUCAGGAUUCCUCGCGAAAUUUCUCCGUGCGCGCGUCUCUGUACAUUUGUUUAUAAUUGUAACGCAUAGAUUCUGAUCUCCCCCCCCUCCUCUCUUUCUCUCUUUCUCUCUCUAUCAAGUGUUAUAUAAUUAUAUUUGUGUAAAUGAAACUAACAUGAAUUUAAAGUUUUCCUGCCACAAUCAUUUUUUGUAGUGUGUUAGUGUUCUGUGUUGUGUCUGUUUGAUGUUCUAAAAAUAUGUUCUACUAGAAUAUCAUGUAGAAUAUCAUCUUCCAUUCUAUUUCAUAAAAUCUCGGACAAUUUUGCGAGAGGAGAUAACUAUGGAUAAUUUUAAUAUUCUUUUUUGUAUUAAAAAAACACCCGAAUAAGAAUGUCCCUUAGACCCCUUAUUUGAAAGACACCUUUGCUGCGUCUUAGAACGUCUUAAUGCUGGUAUGGGGAAGCACAAGUGAUAUGUCUAAUAAAUUAUAACCAUCUAUCACCGCAGCUUAUAAGAAGUCUUGAUCUGCUUAUACGUACACUGUACACAGACUAUACAUAAGAUGACAUUAAUGUUCUUACACUGGUAUUAUGCUAUUUUUAGAAUUUUUCCAGAAAAAAAAAAUAGCCAGUUCUACAUUCUAGAAAAGCAUAAUAUCUAUGUCAUUGCCAUUGAUUGAAUAUGUCAUUGCCAAUCAGUGUCCCACAAUUGUUGACAUGCUUUUUUUAACAGCAUGUUUUGGAGAUCCGUCCCUUAGUAUUAUUUCUCUGUGCAAAUCAAAGGCGAUGAUAACAGUUAUAAAAUAUAAACAUCCUAUCUUUGUUUUUCCAAGCUAUAUUUGAACGCGCAUUUAACAUCUUGGGAAUUGUAGCGGAAAGAUGCUCGCUAAAACUCGCUGAAGUUGCAGGGCAACGAUGCCAGCAAAUUUGUCGAAAAAGAGUCGUAGAAAGAGAAACUGCAGGUUCACAACCACUCGGACAUCGGCUGUGCGAGUCGCGUCGUCUACAGACGACCGUGCGGGCACUCCCAGGUCGCCGGACAGUUUCAGCGGUCAACAACCGCUGCUAGACUGCGGCAUUUGUGGUAGGCAGUUCGCCUCGAAGAAGCUUCUCCGUGUUCACAUCAACACUCAUUUGAGGAAGCCUUGCAUCGUCCUGAGGAGGGUGACAGGACCGAAAGUGGUGAAGAAGAGGCAGGGCGACACAUAUUGGCUCGAUCCGGAGAAGAAGGGUUCGUUGAAACUGACUCUGAAGAAGCAAAGCGUCAAGCUCACCAUCAAGAAGAAUUCGGAGGCCUUUACAGUUGUGAACAGUAACUUUUAUCCGGAUAUCGGGAAUCACCAAGGAGAAGAGGUGGCAGGUGCUAAGGAGAAUGACCACAGAGAUGACAGGGCAACAGAGGGCUCGCUCGAUGAACCUUUCGAAAACGUGAUGGUGGACCAACAAGACGAUUAUGGGAACAUUAAGUUCAGCGACGAUCAUAAUCUUCUAGAAGAGAAUGAUAGGCCGUCCUUAGAUGUUAACGAAGGUGACUCAGGUGUAGGGAGUGAUAUGGCAAAUCCAUCCGAGAAGGAAGAUCAAAAUGUCGACGAUAUACAGGGUGUCGAUAAUUAUGACAAUUCUGAGAAGAGACUGUCAGAAUCCGAAGACCACGAGGAGUCCGAUGCCUUGGAAGCUACCUGUAGGGAGACCAUCGAGAACUUGAAGAAACUUGGUGAACAGUCCAGCUCCAGGUCGACGAGUCGGCUAAUCGACGAUCCUGACGUCGAGGAGGAGGAUGACAGGAGCCACGAGUCCAGUAUGAUACACAAUCUCGAGGAGAAUCCUUCCAUCAGCAUUAUUCCAAAGUCUUCCACGUAUUCUAAUCAUGCGGCCGAACGUGCCGCGGUGUGCGAGAGCGAGGACAAGGACAGGGAGUCGAGCGAGUCGCAGUCCGGCUUCAAUUGGAACCAGCUGUCCGCCGAUCUGUCGAGCAAGAGCAACGAGGACCCCAAGGACAGCGGCGAGCAGCAGCACGCGGAAGGAGGCGGAGGCGACGCGAACAUAGAGAACGCCGGCUCGCUCCUGCAGAAUUUCCUCAUCGAACACCAGAGACGCAAUCCGAACGAGGUGUCGCUGUCGAACAGCUUGGUGCCGGUCGAAACGGAGUAUGUGUCCCUGGAGAAGCUCGCGGAGACCGUCAACACGUGCCGCGUCUGCAACGAGAAGUUCAAGGACAUCGCUCACUUGGACGAGCACCGCAGCAAGGCCGGCCACUACCAGUGCAACAUCCCGGAAUGCGCCAGCAUGAUCUUUCACUCGCCGAUGGAGGUGUCGAUGCAUCGUGCGCAGAUGCACGGCACCCAGCUAUCGCCGAGUGUGAGCCAGCUGUCGCCGCAUCUGAACGCGAAUUCGCCGCACGUCAACCAGAACUCGCCGCACCUGAGCCAAGCCUCGCCGCAGCUCAACACCCACUCACCGCACCACACCGCGUCGCCGAUGGAGCCGUCGCCGCCGACCACGUCGGCCACUGCGGGUUCGCAACAGCUCAGCAGGAACUCACCGUUGACCUCGCCGCACCAGACGAACUCCCCGACGUACGGCGGCGCACCGGCGGUGAACCAACAAAUGAUACCGCCGGUGAACUUCGAGCAACUGCCGCCGCCUGUGCAGCAACUGGCCCAGCAAGUGCAGCGCAUGCCUCUUCCACAGACGGGGCAGAUGCCCCCGAGUCUUCCCCCGGGCGCGAACACGAUGAUACCCGGGCCCAAUUACUUCGUGCAACCGCCGGGACGACCGCCGUUGUACAGAGUACCUGGUCCACAGGGUAUGCAUUACGCCCCGCAUUUGACGCACUUGUACGGCCCCCAGUACGGCCCGGCGGGUCCGUACCCACAGAUGGCCGCGCCACCGCAAAUGCACCCUCAGUUGCCCCAGCAACUUCCACGAGGGCGAUAUCCGUCUGUCGUCCAGAACAGCCGAGCACCACGGAUACCGCAGCAAGCCGGCCCGGUGCCUCGGCAACGCAUGAAGAGACCUAUGCAGCAAACGAUGCAGGUCCAGCCGCAAAACAGCGGUUCCGCAGCGGUGAAGCAGAGACGCAUGGACGUGCUGCUACCCGAUAGAAACGAGGACGCGGACUGUCACGUCAUAGCACAACAAAAGCGGAACGACGGUCUGCCCGUCAUACAAAAUGUGCAGGGUGCUACGCCCCAGCAAACUAACAGAAACGACUCCACCAUACACCUCACGGACUCGAUCACUCUAAGUGUUCGACAACCGGCUCAAGUCCAGAACACGUCGAGCCCAGGCGGAAAGAAAUCCGACGCCAAGGCAGUGGCGAAUGUCCUUGCGGCCCGAGGUAUAACAGUUACUCCAGCUGCAAAUAAAAAUAAAACAAGCGAACAAAACAAACAGCAGAUACCUCCGCAGCAGCAGCAGAGGCCACCACCUUCACAGCAGCCUUUAAAUGUUACAGCCCUCAAUCUGAAUUCUGCUAUUUCUAUCAUACCAACUAGUUCGCAAAGAAAGCAGCAGCAGGAGCAGGGCCAGUUCGCCGUGCCUCAAAACAAACAGAACAAAUCGUCGAUGAACGAAGUGGAGCGACCACCGAGGCCACCGACCGUGGAUCUCACGCAGGACACGCCGCCACAAAUGCCGGUGGUCAGACGUGGUCGACCACCCAGAGCGUUAUUGACGUGUCAGGUGUGCGACAAGAACUUUCAGAAUCAAGACAUGUUGACGCAGCAUAUGGCGAAUCACCGGACGACCAGCAAACUUCUGCACAAAUGCAACCUCUGUCCCGCUCAAUACCCUACGGCUCAAGCACUGAUGACGCACAAGCAGGCUUAUCACAAAGAGGUAGACACCGUGGCGCAAAACGGGGGCGCCGAGUUAGCCUUGCCGGUUGUAGACCUGAAGUCGCCGCAUGUCCUGAAUCGUUUGGCGAAUCUAGGCAUUCAAAGCUACAUACCGUUGUCGCAGUUGAGCGCCCAAACCGGCGGUUACUUCGGCUUGCCCAUCAUCACCAUCGACGGCGCGAGAAACUCGAGCAGUUACAAUUUGGGCGCGCUCGGUGCUACCUCUAUAUUAAGCCUCGGCCCUCUCAAGCAUUUAUCAAACAGGUAACUGUGGACGAAUCUGCGUCCGGCCUAUUCCACGUGCAAUCGUGCUACCUGUCAUCGUCGGUUAUUAAUUCCGUUCGAUUCGACCUACACGUCACUGUAUUGUCAUUGACCAUGACACGAAUUCUGUCCUGAUUUUCGAAGGAGAACAACCGUGAUAUAGCGUAAGUAAGAUUCGUAUAAAAACGAAACUUCAACACAAAGUGAAGAUCGCGUGUAUCAUCAUGUACGAGUGAGGUUUAGUUUUACGAAAUUGUCUCUCCUUGUUCUAUUACAGAAAGCGGGGGAGAAUCGGUGAGCUUAGGUUUAAGAAAGAAAAAAGGAUGUUGUUAAUUUAUUUGUAGAUUUAGGGCAACACAGUAUUUUU